CAGAAGAGAAAUUUGUAGAUGGUGGGGUUACGAACGUUUAUCGUUCAUGAAGAAACGAAACUGACGUCUCCCGGGCAUUGAUGAGUUUAAUCCGAGUUGUUGUUUCUGUGAAAACAAGGAAAAUCUCAGCGAGAAUAACAGUUAUCAAUACUGCGCAUAUAUUGACCACAUUGGAUUACGAGUCGCUUCACACGAGCUGCUUUCGUUGAAAAACGACAUCGAAGGAAAAUGAAGAACUGUGCGUUUUACAAUACCAAUUCCAGCAUCAUCUUCACGCUUUCAUUGGUGAUUUCAACAUUAGCUGGUUUUUUCUUUAGCAAAGGGUUGGCGUUCAGCGUUGUUCGCUCUAUUAAGCGAAACGGAAUGGGUGACGUUGAUUCAUUUUCCAAUCCCAUCUCAACGUGCAGUCCUCUGGGAUGUUUACAAGUUUUGGGAAAUGCAGGCUGUAAACCUGGAGAUUGCUGUAUUUGUAAAUGCAGCCUCAGAUUUCCGAAUUACAUCGUCCAUAGUGGAACUUGUGUGGAGAAUGAACGAGUGGACCCUGUGUGCGAGCUGACCACUAUACCAACAGAAAGACUGAUGCCUGUGAAGGACUUUAGUAGGGCAGGAAUAAUUACCUUUGAAGUUGAGAUUGAUCGGCCACUCCAGUGUCCUGGUAUUGAACUCAGACAUUUGUAUUAUCAACUGGAUACGGCAGUAUGGAUUAAAGGACCGAACUCAGUCUUUCGACUAACGCGUGGCAGGAAUGGUAACAGGUGGAACUUACUGUGGGAUAAAGGUCUUGAUAGAAAAUAUUAUGGACUGAUACUGAGCUUUGAUUUCUAUUGCGUUGGACAAAAUAUAACACAUGGAUGUUUGGUGGUCAAGUCCAAAGGAAACUAUAGUCUGGCAGCAUUAUCCUCGAGUCAACCUACCACAGAUGGACCAAGUCAAGUGGCGGUAACAGAGGGGAAAGUUGAACCAACAGACGGCUCACAUGAAGCAAAGGGAGGUGUUAGUAACGGAGGUCGUGGAGAAAAUUUUGCCGGACAAAACAGAGGAGUAGCAAUAAAGAAUUACAGUGUAAUCGUAGUCGGUGUGAGCCUGUCAGUAGUGAUGGGAAUUGGACUCAUUUGUUUUGUAAUGCUGAGAAAAGGAGGGCCUUUGUGGUUGAAACUUCAAAGGCGUCCGAAAGCACCACCUUAUGAGGAGCCAAGAAGACCAGCAGGCAUAAGACCGAUUCGCACUUCUGUUCAUAACGAGUUUUACGAUGCUGGGUUGGUCCUUUCCAUCGGUGGACAAACCGCUGAAGGACCAAAAAGAUUAUCCAGACUUGGGCCUUUGCCCCCCUUGCCUACAAAGGGGGAAUCCAUUUAUGAAGAGCCAGUGGUGAUAAGAAAUGUUGGUUAUCACGGAUUAGCGAGGCAAAACAGACCAUCUACCGCGCCAAUCAAACGCGCACCAGUCCACACCGUGCCAAUUCGCUGCAAGCCAAUCCAUAGCGAGCCAAUCCAAACCGAGGCUAUAAGUGAUCAGAACCCAGACCCUUUCUAUAACAUUCUCGAGGAACUCCCGGAAACCGACGAUUAUGACGACACGACCGAAUGCCGUUGCAAGGAGGUGGACUUUGAAAGCCUCAGAGGUCAACUAAGGACAUACUAGAUGUAUCCUCCAAUAUGUUUAAAAGCCUAAUUUACUAGAAGUAGUUUGGAACCCUCUUUGCCAUAUAAGGCAAGGUUCUCUAGGCGUCGUCGUUGAAAGAACAGGCAUUUCUUUCCUUGUUUUACAUGCCCACUUGGCUAAAGACUAAUAUUUUAAUGUUUGGAAACGGGAAACUUGUUAAGAAAACUUUGCAAUGAUGCAAUUGAAUUCCUCCAAGCGUAAAUGACUUUAUCAGGACUCUUGCUCAGGAAACUGAUUAAAAAACAAUUUACUCAAGUUCUGCUUGAAAAAUGAAACAAAUUGUGUGUAAGUAGAAAUAUAUUUUUUUUAUGAGCGUGCAGUUGUAAUGUAGCGAGUUGCAUUAACUAGAAACUUGACGUACUCCUGAAAGAACGUGUACUGAUUAAUGCGAACACCGAUCAGGUGUUUAGUAUAAGACUAUUAAGGGCAUGAACAUUUUGUGGCAUUUUUCUUUUCAUUGCGUAUUGGCGAUUUUUCUUUUUUAACAAGCAGAACAAAACUAACGAGGAAAGGAAUUUUCAAACUUCUUGAGUUUAUACAGAAGAAUCUUGUACUGGACAUAAUUCAUAAAUAUAUAUUUCGAGUGCGUUCAAAGAUAA